UCCCCAUCGCGGACCUACCACCUAGGCCGUCUCCACCAUGAUUCGCAACGCCUCGCUUGUCAAGUUCGAGAGUCAGGUGUACUCCGCCAUGACCGAAGCCAUGCGUCGGGAGCUGGAGGUCCUGAUCGCCACGGCCCCCGAGUCCAAGCGCCUGGCCUUUGCCCAGGAGAUGGAGGGCUUCACGGAGCUCUUCACGCGCUACCACUCUGAGCGUGCCUCCGGCAAGGGAGCCAUCAACUGGAUGGAGAUUCACACCCCACGCCCGAAUCAGAUCCUCCAAUACGACGUCCUUGCCCAGCCGACCGACAACAUCGAUGCCGCGCGUGCCAUGCUCAACAAGCUGGUUGUCCUUAAGCUCAAUGGCGGCCUCGGCACGACGAUGGGCUGCGUCGGCCCGAAGUCUGCCAUCGAGGUCCGCUCGCAGAUGACCUUCCUGGACCUGACCGUCCGGCAGAUUGAGUUCCUCAACCAGACCUACGGCUGCGACGUGCCCCUGAUCCUGAUGAACUCCUUCAACACCACCGACGACACGGCCAAGAUCAUCCAGAAGUACAAGAGCCACGACGUGCGCAUCCUCACCUUCAACCAGAGCCGCUACCCGCGCUUCAACCACGAGAGCAAUGCCCCCUGCCCGAACAGCUUCGACUCCGACAAGCGCAUGUGGUUCCCCCCCGGGCAUGGUGAUCUGUAUGACAGCUUUGCCCGGUCCGGCCUCCUGCAGGAGAUGCUGGACCAGGGCCGGGAGCUGAUGUUCGUGUCGAACGUCGACAACCUCGGGGCCACGGUUGACCUGGCCAUCCUGCAGCACAUCCUGCAAUCGGCCUCGGAGUUUGUCAUGGAGGUGACGGACAAGACCCGUGCCGAUGUCAAGGGCGGCACCCUGGUCGACCACCAUGGCUGCCUGCGCCUGCUGGAGCUGGCCCAGGUGCCGCCGCAGCAUGUCGACGAGUUCAAGUCCAUCUCCAAGUUCCGCAGCUUCAACACCAACAACCUGUGGAUGCGCCUGGACGCGGUGUACCGUGUGGUGGCUGAGCGUACCCUGGAGCUGGAGCUCAUCGUCAACCCGAAGACCAUCCCCGAGACCGGGGAGAAGGUUGUCCAGCUGGAGACCGCCGCUGGCGCGGCCAUUCGCUUCUUCAAGAAUGGCAUCGGCCUUUCGGUUCCGCGCUCGCGCUUCCUGCCGGUCAAGGGCACCGGCGACCUGCUCCUGGUCCAGAGCAACCUCUAUUCUCUCUCCCAUGGGGCCAUGGUGCUGAACAAGAAUCGCGCUGUCAGCACUCUCCCUCUGAUCAAGCUUGGCUCGGAAUUUGGCCGCGUGUCGGACUACCUGUCGCGCUUUGCCCAAAUCCCGGACAUCCUGGAGCUCGACCAUCUGACCGUCACCGGUGAUGUGAACUUUGGCUCCGGCGUCACCCUGCGUGGGACUGUCAUCAUUGUUGCCACCCAUGGCCAGCGCAUCGACAUCCCCAAUGGCUCGAUCUUGGAGAACAAGAUCGUCACCGGCCACCUGCGGAUCCUGGACCAUUGAGCCGACAUGCUUACAGGAGGGCGGGUAUCCCGACUCGCCUUGCUUUCCCGGCCGUCCUUCCUCGCUGUCCAUCCCUCUGCGCAUCCUCCGCCACUCUCCCUCUGCAGUCGCCUUCCUCCUCUCCCCCCCCCCCC